GCCGGAGGAAAAACCAUGAGCACAUUUUCCGUUUUCAACGCUAGCAACGUUUCACAGGCUGAUCCCCUCGAGGACGGCGACAACUGGACAGCGGUAACCCAGUUUACCCAGCCAGGAUGGCAGAUUGCUUUGUGGGCUAUCACUUACUCCCUCAUCAUUAUCAUAUCCAUCGUCGGCAACGUCACCAUCAUCUGGAUUAUCCUUGCACAUAGGAGAAUGAGGACUGCCACCAACUACUUCAUCGUUAAUUUGGCUCUUUCGGAUUUGCUGAUGUCUGCUUUCAACACCAUCUUCAAUUUUAUUUACGCCAGCCACAACGUCUGGUAUUUUGGGGAGGAAUUCUGCAGGUUCCAGAACUGGUUCCCCAUCACCGCAAUGUUUGUGAGCAUUUACUCCAUGACAGCCGUGGCUGCAGAGAGGUACGUGGCAAUAAUUCAUCCCUUCAAGCCCAGGCUCUCUCCUGGAAGCACCAGAGUCAUCAUAGGGAUAAUCUGGCUGAUGGCAUUUGGCCUUGCCUUCCCACAGUGCUUCUACGCCGAGAUCCUGACGGACAACGGAACGACAAAAUGCAUCGUUGUCUGGCCCGACGACGUCGGAUCCAAGCACCAGCUCACGUAUCACAUUGCAGUGAUUGUGUUGAUUUAUUUACUGCCUUUAAUGGUGAUGUUCAUUGCAUACAGCACCAUAGGAAUUACUUUGUGGAGCAGUGCGGUUCCAGGCAACCACCUGAACUACGAACACCAAGUUAACGCCAAAAAAAAGUUUGUGAAGACCAUGGUGGUAGUUGUGAUCAUUUUUGCUAUCUGCUGGCUGCCCUAUCACAUAUACUUCAUCCUGGGGAGCUUCAAGGAAGACAUCUACCAGCAGAAGUACAUUCAGCAGGUUUAUCUCGCAAUCUUCCUCCUUGCCAUGAGUUCGACCAUGUACAACCCCAUCAUAUACUGCUGUCUUAACCAAAGGUGA